AAAGAAAUACAAGAGAAUAAGACAAAGUUCUGCAACAGGUCUAAAUACUGAAGAGUGCAAUAUAAUUCUUUCUAAUGAAGUGUUAGAAUAUUUAAAAGAGGAAAAUAAAAGUUUCUUUCAUAAAAUCUUUAAAAAGAAUUUAAAAUGAUUUUCAAACAUAUAAUUCAACAGUGGGUUAUCCACAAUCAUCGAUUCUCAACGGAUGUCAAGAGAUUUAAAGAACACACACCAGUUAUGCUACAUGAAGUUGUAAAUUACCUUCAACCUGGUAAUAAUGAAAUUUUUAUUGACAUGACAUUUGGGGCUGGUGGUCAUUCAAAAACAAUUCUGAAAUCAUCUAAUUGUAAAUUAAUUACAUUAGACAGAGAUCCUAAUGCUUAUGAAAAGGCUCUUAAAUUAGCUGAAAAGUUCCCAAAUAGAGUUACACCCCUUUUAGGGAGAUUUAGUGAAUUACCAAGUUUGUUAGAAAAAAAAGGCAUUAAACAGUCAACAGUUGAUGGAAUACUAUUUGAUUUUGGUUGUUCAUCUAUGCAAUUAGAUAAUGGAGAAAGAGGAUUUUCCAUAAGUAAAAAUGGGCUAUUAGAUAUGAGAAUGGAUGCUGGUAGAGAUCCUAAUCAAAUCACAGCAAGAGAAGUGUUAGCCACAGCCAAUGAAAGUGAACUAUACAAAAUUUUUAAAGUUUAUGGUGAAGAAAAAAAUGCAGCCAAAAUUGCACAUACAAUUAUUCAAGCAAGAUAUAUGAUUAAAAACAUUGAUACCACUGAGGAAUUAGUAGAUGUAGUCGAUUCUUGUUGCCCUAAUGAAUAUCGUUUAGAUAAGCUUCAACGACCACAAUCAAAUGCCACAAAAAUUUUUCAAGCACUUCGAAUAUUCGUAAACAAUGAACUUAAUGAAUUGAAUUAUGGCAUGGUCUUAGCUAAAUACUAUUUGAAACUCAAUGGUAGAUUAAUUACAAUAUGUUUUCAUUCUCUUGAGGAUACAAUUGUCAAACGUCAUAUAGCAGGCAAUAUUGUCAAUGAAACCGCCAACCCUGUUCCUUUAAGAUACUUAAACCCCUUGUUAGUACAAGAUCAAGACACAAUCAAUCAUUUUUUGGAUACCCCUUGGAAACAAUUAAAUAAGCAUGUUGAUAUCCCAACUGAAGAAGAAGUUUUACGAAAUCCUAGAAGUAGAAGUGCUAGGUUGCGAGCUGCAAUCAAAAUCAAGUAAAAACAAAUGUAUUUCUGGAUAGUUGUAGUAAAGUGUUACUCUAUA